AUGACCUGGCCCAAGUGUAAUUCCACUGAGGAGGAUAUCACAAUCCAUGAGGUCAACCUCUGGGAUGGCGGUAUUACCUUCCACACACUAUGUGUGAUUCUCUGCGCCAUCUUUACGGUACUGUCCUUCAUUCUCGUCGGCAUUAUUAUGCUUGGUCAUGCCAGGCACUACAGUAACCCCGUGGAACAGCGAUACAUCCUCCGCAUCUUGUUCAUGAUCCCUGUAUAUUCAAUCACGUCUUUUCUCUGCGUCUAUUUCUAUAGACACUCGGUCUAUUUUGAGCUCAUUGGCGAUUGCUAUGAACCCUUCGCCAUCGCCUCCUUUUUCACCCUGCUCUGCUCUUAUAUCGCACCUGAUCUCCACGCACAGAAGGACUACUUCCGUGGUGUCGAGCCUGUUAACUGGGUCUGGCCACUAAAUUGGAUGCAGAAAUGCUUCUGCGGUAGCCGCGAUAAAGGCAUCUGGCGGAAGCCUCGUAGCGGACUGACUUGGUUCAAUGUUAUCUGGAUAUGUGUCUUCCAAUACUGCUUUUUACGGGUCAUUAUGACUGUGAUCGCUGUUGCGGCGCAAUCAGUAGACCGUUACUGUGAGGUGUCGGAUAGUCCAUAUUAUGCCCAUAUUUGGGUUCUGGUUAUCGAGUCCAUUGCAGUCACGAUCGCCAUGUACGGCUUGAUUCAGUUCUACAUCCAGAUCAAAGGGGAUAUUGCGCAGCAUCGACCUUUCCUAAAGAUUCUCUGUAUCAAGCUUGUGAUUUUCCUUUCUUUUUGGCAAUCAACCGUUAUUGACUACCUCACCUCAUCUGGGACAAUCAAGUCGUCCGCCAAGGUGCAGUUGUUUGACUGGAAUAAUGCCCUUCCUAAUCUCCUGAUCUGUAUUGAGAUGUUCCUCUUCGCUAUUUUGCAUUUCUGGGGCUUCCCUUGGGGCCCCUAUGUGCUGAACAAGGGAGACAUCACGAGCAACAGAAGUGAUGAGCGCUACUACGGCGGGUGGAUGGGCAUUAAAGCCUUUAUCGAUGCCAUGAAUCCCUGGGAUCUGGUCAAAGCUACUGCGCGCGGUUUGCGCUGGUUAUUUGUCGGUCGCAAAACGCGCGAGGCUGAUCCUAGUUACGAAUUACCAAAGACUGGUUCCAACGAGGCUCAAUAA